UCCAAAUGUUUGAUUUUCCCCGCUCGCAAUUGGGUAUCGAUGGGCGGCACUCCAAGGAAUAACAUCUUCCCAUCAGUAGAGCUGCUGUGCAGCAUGCGCACCUUUGCCAAGCACAGUUUGACAGAACAAUUUCGAUUUUAGGAUGAAGAGAACUGGCAUGGAUGAUUAUUUGACCGCAUCCGAUAUUUUGGCUCAACACUGAAGUGGGAUUAAAAAGAGAUAUGCAUCAGUGGUCAAUACAAGUUUUAUACGUGUCGUGCAAAUACAAGAAACUAUUUUUCAGGACAGCGUAAAGGACCGACUGCAGCUGUGUGCGAGAGGCGGACAUGAACUGUACUUCUCAGCAGCACAGUUUUGUCAUGCACCAUAUGGAGCUGAGUCCACUCACCAUGUACAUGGACGACAACGCGACCCACAACGCCAGCAAAGGGGAGCAUAACGCCACUGGUUGCGUGCAGAUUCGAAUCCCGCAGGAGCUGUUCCUAACGCUGGGCCUCAUUAGUCUGGUUGAAAACAUUCUGGUGGUGCUGGCUAUCAUAAAAAAUCGCAACCUGCACUCACCCAUGUACUACUUUAUCUGCUGUCUGGCCGUCUCUGACAUGCUGGUGAGCGUCAGUAAUGUGGUGGAGACGCUGUUCAUGCUCCUGAACGAGCAGGGGUUAAUGCAGGUGACCCAAGAUAUGCUGAGACACCUGGACAAUGUCAUUGACAUCAUGAUUUGCAGCUCCGUGGUGUCUUCGCUGUCUUUCCUGUGCACCAUCGCUGCGGAUAGAUACAUCACCAUCUUCUACGCUCUACGCUACCACAGCAUCAUGACCACGCAGCGCGCCGUGGUCAUUAUCGUCCUGGUGUGGAUGGCCAGCAUCACCUCCAGCACGUUAUUCAUUGUCUACCACACCGACAAAGCCGUAAUUGUUUGCCUGGUGACGUUCUUUUUCAUCACGCUCGUGUUCACUGCCGUGCUCUACUUGCACAUGUUCAUCCUGGCACACGUGCACUCGCGGCGCAUCAUGGCCUUUCACAAGAGCCGCCGCCAGGCCACGAGCAUGAAGGGAGCCAUCACGCUCACCAUAUUGCUUGGGGUCUUCAUCCUCUGCUGGGGCCCUUUCUUCCUCCACCUCAUCCUAAUACUCACCUGUCCCAAGACGCCAUUCUGCACCUGUUUUUUCAGCCACUUUAACCUUUUCCUCAUCCUCAUCAUCUGUAAUUCGAUCAUCGAUCCUCUCAUCUAUGCCUAUCGGAGCCAGGAGCUGCGAAAAACGCUCAAAGAACUGCUCAUCUGCUCAUGGUGCUGGCGCUUCAGUAUGUGACAGCGGGCCCGAUGUUCACACUUGAAUCCAAACUCCAACCCUGGCAUCGAGCUGACGGAGAUGGUUAAUAAUGAAAGGAGAUGAGAGAGUUGGGGGAGUGGAGGGGUGGCCUUUUCAAAGCGUUGUUGUGAUGCCAAUGGUGAAAACGUGUCUGGCCUCAAACGGUCGAGUCGCAUUUCUGUGUUGACCUACCGGGAAGGAAUUCAGGAUAGCGGGACAUUGCAGUUUGUGCAUGUUACGCUUAAAGGAUCGUAGCUUUUCUAUGGCUGCGGUGCUGGGCCUAAAACUUUAAGACACAGUAGGCCUAUCAAUUAAAACGAUCUCAUUAUAAUGAUCGUAUCCGUCCAACUGCCAAGCGGAGCUCUUUUUAUGAAUAUCCUAAUGUACGUUUGACUGCCACGGGUCCAGUUUUCUCAGGGAGCGAAAAGACUGACUUUUAUUGAUAUGUUGGAAAACAUGGUUGGUAGGCCUAAUUCAUUAAGUUUGUAAAUAAUAUGGAGAUCGAUUGAAGGCUAAACGCAAGAUGAUGUUGGAAAAAGGAUGUCGUUCAGUAUUUUAAUGUAGCAAAGGCCUUCGUGUCAUGCUAUGCUGCAUAUGGCUCAAGAAGAUUUUUUUCAGUCAUUCAAAUUUGAGUAAUUUGGUCAGUCGUAGGCUACGUCCUACAGGAGUGUUUGGAAUUCUAAAGGACAUUUGCAAAAGAACCCCUUUUCAGUGUGUACUGUUUUUAUUUAUUUGUGUGUUCACAUGUCUCAUUUGUAUGUAGGCUUAAAGGCCUAGUCAAAAUACGAAUAAUAUUUUCACGGUUAACGUUCUCAUGUGAUGGGCUAUGGACGGACUUUGAAAUAUGAUUUUAUUUAGAAUAAUCAAUAUAAGCAUAUGGAAAAUACAAUUUAAACACAACAAAUGUAUUAUAGAUGAAAAAACUAAAGUGAAUUGUUCCAAUUUAAGUUGUAUUUGAUCAUCAUCCAUUUGCUUCUAUUUUCACAGCCUGUACUAUUAAAACAUUUAACCUAAUACAUUAAGAAGUCACUUUGUUCUGAUGUAAAGAUCAGUAAAUCCUCAAAUUGAUCUCAAUGUGUGAAGCUACUGUAACUGAACUGUGCUCGUUUAGGAUUACAGUUAAACAAAAUCUCACCCUACACAUGUAUAUCAUUUCAGAUAUUGGCUAUACUGUAUAUUCUAAUGUCUCCAUCUCUUGUCAAUUUUAUUUGGCAAAUAAAGUAUGCAUGAAUAAUUAAAUUAAAAUGUAA